AUGGAUAAUUCAAUAGAUAUAAUACAAACCAAAUCUGAAAAGACCAACGACAUAGUCCAAACAACUACCACGGAACAACCCCCAUCACCCACCCCCAACCCCGAAACCAUCUCCACCAUCCAUGAAAUACUUUUUGUCUCAUUCAUGUGUCUCUCCCAAAUCCUCACCCAAGCAGCUGUUGCCCAAACCCUAAACACCUCCAUCCACGUCAGUGAAACCUUCAACGUCGCCACCAAACCCGGGGAAAUCUCCUGGUUCUCUGCCGCAUUCUCCAUGACGGUGGGAACAUUUAUCUUAAUCUCAGGCAGAUUGGGAGAUAUGUAUGGAUAUAAGAAAUUAUACAUGAUUGGAUAUAUUUGGUUUGGUAUCAUGUCGUUACUAUGUGGAUUUGCCGGAUUAACCACUUCUCCGGUUUUCUUUGAUACGAUGAGAGCAUUACAAGGUAUUGGACCUGCUAUUAUGAUGCCGAAUUCCCUUGCUUUAAUUGGAUCGUUUUAUCCCGAAAGUAUGAAGAAGAAUUUAUGCAUGGCUGCCAUUGGAGCGGUUGCACCUGGUGGAUUUGUACUUGGUGCUCUCUUCAGUGGGUUGUUUGAUAUGAAAACCGGAUGGACUUGGACCUUUUGGGUAUGUGGGAUGGUUAGUAUUGGUGCCGGUUUGUUGUCAUUCUUUGUCAUACCCAAGAACGUUGGCCAUCGUAGUCUGGAUCAAGGAUGGCGUUCAUUUGAUUUUGGUGGUUCGAUAUUAGGUGUAUCCGGAUUAGUUCUCAUAAACUUCGCCUUCAAUCAAGGUCCAAACGUCGGCUGGAAAACUCCAUAUGUCUAUGUCCUCCUCAUUGUCGGAUUCUUAUGUCUCCCUGCCUUCUAUUUCGUCGAAAAAAGAGUCACAAACCCAUUAGUCCCACCUGAAGUACUCAAAGGCGAUACCGGAUUCGUUCUUGGUUGUAUUGCUGCCGGCUGGUCUUGUUUUGGGAUUUGGAUCUUUUAUCAAUUUCGUUGGGCCCUACUUGUCGACAACAACAACCCCGUGAUUGCCGCCGUCACAAAUAUCCCAAAUGCAUUCGCUGGGAUCGUUGCUGCCGCAACUACUGCUAUUUUGUUAACCAAGCUUCCUUCGGCUGUUGUGAUGUUCAUAGCUAUGAUUUUCUUCUUGGUUGGGAUUGUGCUUAUGGGAACCAGACCGGUGGGUCAGAUAUAUUGGACACAGAAAUUUUUUAGUGUCAUCAUUCAAUCUAUUGGUAUGGAUAUGUCGUUCCCUGCUGGGUGUAUUUUGUUGAGUCAGGCAUUUCCUCCAGGACAACAGGGUAUUGCGGGGUCAUUGGUGGCUACUUUUGUGAACUAUUCGAUCUCGAUUGGGUUGGGAUUAGCUGGAACCGUUGAAUAUUAUACAACCAAAGAUAUGGAACCUGGUCUUGAUACUACUAUUCACGGGAUGAGAAAUGCAUUUUACAUGGGAAUGGGGUUGGCUGGGUUAGGUGUGGUUGUUUCAGCUGUAUUUAUGGUUAUUCAAUUGUUGAACCGUAAGAAUUCCGGUGCGAGCGAAAAAGUUGAAGAAACUAGUACGGACAAUGACAGCCUGGUAUAA